AUGAGAGAAGGAUGUCAUGUUAUCGUCUUGCCUUUCCCUGGACAAGGCCAUCUAACUCCAAUGUCCCAGUUCUGCAAACGCUUAGUCUCAAAGGGUCUUAAACCCACCCUUGUCGUCGUCUCCGACAAACCCUCUCCGCCAUACAAAACAGAGCGUGACUCCAUCACUGUCGUCCCCAUCCCCAAUGGCUUCCAAGAAGGCGAAGACCCAUUGCAAGACCUCGAUGACUACAUGGACAGAGUAGAAACCAGCAUCAAAAACCGCUUACCGGAGCUCAUACAAGACAUGAAGCUGUCGGGAAAUCCUCCUAGGGUUCUUGUCUACGACUCCACCAUGCCGUGGCUUCUUGAUAUAGCUCAUGGUCAUGGGUUGAGAGGUGCCGCGUUUUUCACGCAACCUUGGCUUGUCUCAGUUAUUUACUACCAUGUUCUUAAGGGCUCCUUCUCUGUCCCGUCUACAAAAUACGGUCACUCGACGUUAGCAUCUUUCCCUUCAUUUCCUGUGCUGAAUGCGAAUGAUUUGCCCUCUUUCCUCUGCGAAUCCUCCUCUUACCCCAAUAUACUAAGGAUUGUGGUCGAUCAGCUCUCCAACAUGGAUCGAGUCGACAUAGUGUUGUGCAAUACUUUCGACAAACUGGAGGAAAAGUUAUUGAAAUGGGUCCAAAGCUUGUGGCCAGUCAUGAAUAUUGGACCAACGGUUCCAUCGAUGUACUUAGACAAGCAACUGCAGGAAGACAAAAACUACGGAUUCAGCCUCUUCAAUGCGAAAGUCACCGAAUGCGUCGAGUGGUUAAACUCAAAGCAGCCUAAUUCAGUUGUCUAUGUAUCAUUCGGAAGUUUGGUGGUUCUAAAAGAAGAUCAAAUGAUGGAACUCGCAUCAGGCCUGAAACAAACCGGACGUUUCUUCUUGUGGGUUGUGAGAGAGACAGAGACAGACAAACUUCCAAAAAACCUUGUAGAGGAAAUCAGCGAGAAAGGACUGAUUGUGAGUUGGAGCCCUCAGCUUGAAGUUCUUGCACACGAAUCAAUCGGUUGUUUCUUGACACAUUGUGGAUGGAAUUCAACGUUAGAGGGAUUAAGUUUGGGAGUUCCAAUGAUUGGCAUGCCUCAUUGGACAGAUCAGCCUACGAAUGCUAAGUUCGUGGAGGAUGUGUGGAAGGUUGGAGUUAGGGUGAAGACAGAAGCUGAUGGGUUGGUGAGAAGAGAAGAGAUUGUGAGAUGUGUGGCAGAAGUUAUGGAGGGAGAGAAAGGGAAAGAGAUUAGAAGGAAUGCUGAGAAAUGGAAAGUGUUGGCUCGAGAGGCUGUUUGUGAAGGAGGUACUUCUGAUAAGAGUGUUGAUAAGUUUGUUUCUAUGUUUUGUUAA